CUAAAGUACAGCCAAUAUCUUAUCGUUUCUCUUCUUCCGUUCUUCUAUGCCUCGUUGACCCGAGUAGUGUUUAGUGAGAUAUUCGACGACCUCAGCGCCAUCACACGGUACCUGCCCGAUCCCGAUUUAGGACCGGUCCUGGUUUUUAUUACGAGGGCCGCACAGAAGACGAACGUCGACAGCUGA